CAGACAAAAUAAAAAUCUGUCACAGAUCAUAAAAAAUAAAGACGCGAAACAACAUAACCUACAAAACGGUUUUGUUUUGCGCUCAAAGUUUUACCGUGUUAAAAUAGCAAAAUAAACGAUCAACCAUCAAGAAACGUUCUAAUUUACUCAUAAACCAUGGCGGAUGCUGCUGCCAGACAGCUGCAGUACGAGUACAAAGCCAACUCGAAUCUCGUCCUUCAAGCUGAUGUGCGGCUGAUAGAGCGCCGUGGUCGUGAUGAGGCGACGGGAGAGGUGCUCUCGCUGUCGGGGAAGCUCGUCGGCACGCGCAUGGGCGACCGCGCGCAGCGGACCAAGCCUGACAAGGCCGAGGAGCGGAAGGCCAAGCGUCAGAAGCGAGACGAAGCCUCCUACGAGCUAUCCAAGUCCAAGUCAGCGCGCAUGGCCUGGGCGGACGACACGCCGGGCGUGCUGUACCGGCCCAGGAACCAGAACACGAGGCACGCGUACGAGCUGCUGCUGUCGUUUAUGCAGACCUCGCUCGGAGACCAGCCCCGGGAUAUCUUGUGCGGGGCUUGUGAUGAGGUGCUGGUGGUGCUCAAGAACGACAAGCUGAAGGACCACGACAAGAAGCGCGAGGUGGAGCAGCUGCUUGGAGCCAUCGCUGAUGAGAGGUUCGCGCUGCUGGUGAACUUGGGCAAGAAGAUAACGGACUUCAACCCGGCGGCGGCGGCCGAGCCGAGCGCCGAGAUCGACGAGACGUACGGCAUCAACGUGCAGUUCGAGGAGAGUGAGGAAGAAGACGAUGAGGACGCUUACGGAGAGGUGCGCGAGGAGGAGAGAGAAGACGGCGAGGGCGGCUCCGACGCCGAGGGCGGGCGGGACAGCGACGCGGACGAUGAUAGCGACGCGGAGAAGAACGCCAUACAGACUAAUCUAUCCGAAGAGCAGUCCCAGAAGCGCCGCGACACCACGCUCCACGCGAUGGACAUCGACGCGUACUGGCUGCAGCGGCGCUUAUCACGACACUUCAGCGACGCCAUGCUGUCGCAGGCCAAGUCCACCGAGGUGCUGAAGGCUCUAGCGGACGCGGCGGACGAGCGCGACCUCGAGAACAGGCUGGUGUUGUUACUUGGAUAUGACUGUUUUGACGUGGUGAAGACUCUCACCAAGAAUAGAUAUAUGAUACUCUACUGCACCCGCCUCGCCCAAGCCCAGUCGGACGGCGAGCGAGCUGCCAUCCGCAAGGAGAUGUCCCAGCAGCCGCAUCUACAGAAGAUCCUGAGUGUGCUGGACACGGGCGCCGGGGACGAACAGGUGAGAGAAACAACAGAAGCGGCCCUCCCCAAGGCUCGCCGCCAGGCCUCCGACGCCGCCCGCUCCGACGACCCCAGACACAGGAUGUUGCAGCUGCAGCAGCUGGUGUUCAGCCACGGGGCGCACUUGAUGGCGAAUAAGAGGUGCCAGCUGCCCCCAGGGUCGUUUAGGAAGCAGAGGAAAGGCUACGAAGAGGUCCACGUGCCGGCGCUCAAGCCGAAGCCGUUUGAAGAUGACGAGACAUUAGUGCCCGUGGACAAGCUGCCUAAGUACGUGCAGCCCGCCUUCGAGGGGUUCAAGACUUUGAACAGGAUUCAGUCCCGCAUAUCAAAGGCCGCUCUCGAAACCGACGAGAACCUCCUAGUCUGCGCGCCUACCGGUGCCGGUAAAACCAACGUAGCCCUGCUUACCAUCCUGCGGGAGGUAGGCAAGCACGUGAACGACGAUGGCACGGUCAACGCGAAUGACUUCAAGAUGAUCUAUGUGGCGCCGAUGAGGUCUCUUGUACAGGAGAUGGUAGGCAACUUCAGCAAGCGUCUCUCCGUGUACAACAUGAAAGUCUCCGAGCUGACAGGCGACCACCAGCUCACGCGGGAGCAGAUCGACGCCACGCAGCUCAUCGUGUGCACGCCCGAGAAGUGGGACAUCAUCACGAGGAAGGGUGGCGAGCGCUCCUUCACCUCCCUCGUCCGGCUGAUCAUCAUCGACGAGAUCCACCUUCUCCACGACGAGCGCGGGCCCGUGCUGGAGGCGCUGGUCGCGCGGACCCUGCGCGCCAUGCAGCAGACGCAGGAAGAGGUUCGCCUAGUGGGUCUGUCGGCCACGCUGCCCAACUACACCGAUGUUGCCGCCUUCCUACGCGUCAAGCCCGAGAAGGGACUGUUCUACUUCGACAACUCCUUCAGACCGGUGCCCCUAGAACAACAAUACAUCGGGGUGACGGAGAAGAAGGCGCUCAAGCGGUUCCAGGUGAUGAACGACAUCGUGUACGAGAAGACCAUGCAGCACGCCGGCCGCGACCAGAUCCUGGUGUUCGUGCACUCUCGCAAGGAGACGGGCAAGACGGCGCGCGCCAUCAGAGACAUGUGUCUGGAGAAGGACACGCUCGGACACUUCUUGAGGGAAGGCUCAGCGAGCAUGGAGGUCCUCCGAACUGAAGCGGAACAAGUGAAGAACCCCGAACUGAAAGACUUGCUGCCUUACGGGUUCGCGAUCCACCACGCCGGCAUGACGAGAGUUGAUCGUACCCUGGUGGAGGACCUGUUCGCGGAUAGACAUAUACAGGUGCUAGUAUCAACCGCCACCCUGGCGUGGGGAGUGAACCUGCCCGCGCACACCGUCAUAGUGAAGGGCACUCAGCUCUACAGCCCGGACAAGGGCAGGUGGGUAGCGACUACUAUACUCUAUAUACAGGGGGCGCUAGUGUCGACACUCGCGUGGGGAGUGAACCUGCCCGCGCACACCGUCAUAGUGAAGGGCACUCAGCUCUACAGCCCGGACAAGGGCAGGUGGGUAGCGACUACUAUACUCUAUAUACAGGGGGCGCUAGUGUCGACACUCGCGUGGGGAGUGAACCUGCCCGCGCACACCGUCAUAGUGAAAGGCACUCAGCUCUACAGCCCGGACAAGGGCAGGUGGGUAGCGACUACUAUACUCUAUAUACAGGGGGCGCUAGUGUCGACACUCGCGUGGGGAGUGAACCUGCCCGCGCACACCGUCAUAGUGAAGGGCACUCAGCUCUACAGCCCGGACAAGGGCAGGUGGGUAGCGACUACUAUACUCUAUAUACAGGGGGCGCUAGUGUCGACACUCGCGUGGGGAGUGAACCUGCCCGCGCACACCGUCAUAGUGAAGGGCACUCAGCUCUACAGCCCGGACAAGGGCAGGUGGGUAGCGACUACUAUACUCUAUAUACAGGGGGCGCUAGUGUCGACACUCGCGUGGGGAGUGAACCUGCCCGCGCACACCGUCAUAGUGAAGGGCACUCAGCUCUACAGCCCGGACAAGGGCAGGUGGGUAGCGACUACUAUACUCUAUAUACAGGGGGCGCUAGUGUCGACACUCGCGUGGGGAGUGAACCUGCCCGCGCACACCGUCAUAGUGAAGGGCACUCAGCUCUACAGCCCGGACAAGGGCAGGUGGGUAGCGACUACUAUACUCUAUAUACAGGGGGCGCUAGUGUCGACACUCGCGUGGGGAGUGAACCUGCCCGCGCACACCGUCAUAGUGAAGGGCACUCAGCUCUACAGCCCGGACAAGGGCAGGUGGGUAGCGACUACUAUACUCUAUAUACAGGGGGCGCUAGUGUCGACACUCGCGUGGGGAGUGAACCUGCCCGCGCACACCGUCAUAGUGAAGGGCACUCAGCUCUACAGCCCGGACAAGGGCAGGUGGGUAGCGACUACUAUACUCUAUAUACAGGGGGCGCUAGUGUCGACACUCGCGUGGGGAGUGAACCUGCCCGCGCACACCGUCAUAGUGAAGGGCACUCAGCUCUACAGCCCGGACAAGGGCAGGUGGGUAGCGACUACUAUACUCUAUAUACAGGGGGCGCUAGUGUCGACACUCGCGUGGGGAGUGAACCUGCCCGCGCACACCGUCAUAGUGAAGGGCACUCAGCUCUACAGCCCGGACAAGGGCAGGUGGGUAGCGACUACUAUACUCUAUAUACAGGGGGCGCUAGUGUCGACACUCGCGUGGGGAGUGAACCUGCCCGCGCACACCGUCAUAGUGAAGGGCACUCAGCUCUACAGCCCGGACAAGGGCAGGUGGGUAGCGACUACUAUACUCUAUAUACAGGGGGCGCUAGUGUCGACACUCGCGUGGGGAGUGAACCUGCCCGCGCACACCGUCAUAGUGAAGGGCACUCAGCUCUACAGCCCGGACAAGGGCAGGUGGGUAGCGACUACUAUACUUUAUAUACAGGGGGCGCUAGUGUCGACACUCGCGUGGGGAGUGAACCUGCCCGCGCACACCGUCAUAGUGAAGGGCACUCAGCUCUACAGCCCGGACAAGGGCAGGUGGGUAGCGACUACUAUACUCUAUAUACAGGGGGCGCUAGUGUCGACACUCGCGUGGGGAGUGAACCUGCCCGCGCACACCGUCAUAGUGAAGGGCACUCAGCUCUACAGCCCGGACAAGGGCAGGUGGGUAGCGACUACUAUACUCUAUAUACAGGGGGCGCUAGUGUCGACACUCGCGUGGGGAGUGAACCUGCCCGCGCACACCGUCAUAGUGAAGGGCACUCAGCUCUACAGCCCGGACAAGGGCAGGUGGGUAGCGACUACUAUACUCUAUAUACAGGGGGCGCUAGUGUCGACACUCGCGUGGGGAGUGAACCUGCCCGCGCACACCGUCAUAGUGAAGGGCACUCAGCUCUACAGCCCGGACAAGGGCAGGUGGGUAGCGACUACUAUACUCUAUAUACAGGGGGCGCUAGUGUCGACACUCGCGUGGGGAGUGAACCUGCCCGCGCACACCGUCAUAGUGAAGGGCACUCAGCUCUACAGCCCGGACAAGGGCAGGUGGGUAGCGACUACUAUACUCUAUAUACAGGGGGCGCUAGUGUCGACACUCGCGUGGGGAGUGAACCUGCCCGCGCACACCGUCAUAGUGAAGGGCACUCAGCUCUACAGCCCGGACAAGGGCAGGUGGGUAGCGACUACUAUACUCUAUAUACAGGGGGCGCUAGUGUCGACACUCGCGUGGGGAGUGAACCUGCCCGCGCACACCGUCAUAGUGAAGGGCACUCAGCUCUACAGCCCGGACAAGGGCAGGUGGGUAGCGACUACUAUACUCUAUAUACAGGGGGCGCUAGUGUCGACACUCGCGUGGGGAGUGAACCUGCCCGCGCACACCGUCAUAGUGAAGGGCACUCAGCUCUACAGCCCGGACAAGGGCAGGUGGGUAGCGACUACUAUACUCUAUAUACAGGGGGCGCUAGUGUCGACACUCGCGUGGGGAGUGAACCUGCCCGCGCACACCGUCAUAGUGAAGGGCACUCAGCUCUACAGCCCGGACAAGGGCAGGUGGGUAGCGACUACUAUACUCUAUAUACAGGGGGCGCUAGUGUCGACACUCGCGUGGGGAGUGAACCUGCCCGCGCACACCGUCAUAGUGAAGGGCACUCAGCUCUACAGCCCGGACAAGGGCAGGUGGGUAGCGACUACUAUACUCUAUAUACAGGGGGCGCUAGUGUCGACACUCGCGUGGGGAGUGAACCUGCCCGCGCACACCGUCAUAGUGAAGGGCACUCAGCUCUACAGCCCGGACAAGGGCAGGUGGGUAGCGACUACUAUACUCUAUAUACAGGGGGCGCUAGUGUCGACACUCGCGUGGGGAGUGAACCUGCCCGCGCACACCGUCAUAGUGAAGGGCACUCAGCUCUACAGCCCGGACAAGGGCAGGUGGGUAGCGACUACUAUACUCUAUAUACAGGGGGCGCUAGUGUCGACACUCGCGUGGGGAGUGAACCUGCCCGCGCACACCGUCAUAGUGAAGGGCACUCAGCUCUACAGCCCGGACAAGGGCAGGUGGGUAGCGACUACUAUACUCUAUAUACAGGGGGCGCUAGUGUCGACACUCGCGUGGGGAGUGAACCUGCCCGCGCACACCGUCAUAGUGAAGGGCACUCAGCUCUACAGCCCGGACAAGGGCAGGUGGGUAGCGACUACUAUACUCUAUAUACAGGGGGCGCUAGUGUCGACACUCGCGUGGGGAGUGAACCUGCCCGCGCACACCGUCAUAGUGAAGGGCACUCAGCUCUACAGCCCGGACAAGGGCAGGUGGGUAGCGACUACUAUACUCUAUAUACAGGGGGCGCUAGUGUCGACACUCGCGUGGGGAGUGAACCUGCCCGCGCACACCGUCAUAGUGAAGGGCACUCAGCUCUACAGCCCGGACAAGGGCAGGUGGGUAGCGACUACUAUACUCUAUAUACAGGGGGCGCUAGUGUCGACACUCGCGUGGGGAGUGAACCUGCCCGCGCACACCGUCAUAGUGAAGGGCACUCAGCUCUACAGCCCGGACAAGGGCAGGUGGGUAGCGACUACUAUACUCUAUAUACAGGGGGCGCUAGUGUCGACACUCGCGUGGGGAGUGAACCUGCCCGCGCACACCGUCAUAGUGAAGGGCACUCAGCUCUACAGCCCGGACAAGGGCAGAUGGACGGAGCUGGGCGCACUCGAUGUCCUGCAGAUGUUGGGUCGAGCCGGACGACCGCAGUACGACACUAAGGGAAUAGGAAUCCUCAUAACCAACCACUCGGAGCUCCAGUACUACUUAUCCCUCCUCAACCAGCAGCUGCCCAUAGAGAGCCAGCUGGUGUCCCGCCUGCCGGACUGCCUCAACGCGGAGGUGGCGCUGGCCUCCGUGCAGAGCAUAGCCGAGGCUGCCGCGUGGCUCGGCUACACAUACCUCUACAUCCGCAUGCUCCGGCAGCCGGCACUCUACGGGAUCUCGCCCCAGCAGAUGCAAGACGAUCCCUUGCUGGAGUCCCAUAGAGCCGACCUGGUCCACACUGCUGCUGUUAUGCUGGACAAGGCCGGCCUAAUAAAAUACGAGCGUAAAUCCGGCCACUUCCAGCCCACGGAGCUGGGCCGCAUCGCGUCCCACUACUACUGCACGCACGAGACCGUGCAGACGUACAACCAGCUGCUGAAGCCCACGCUCACGGAGAUAGAGCUGCUGCGAGUGUUCUCUCUGAGCUCCGAGUUCACGAACAUCGCCGUGAGAGAUGAAGACAAGCUGGAGCUGCACAAGCUAAUGGAACGGGUGCCAAUCCCGAUCAAAGAGAGCAUAGAAGAGCCAUCGGCGAAAAUCAACGUCCUACUUCAAGCAUACAUCUCACAACUGAAGCUAGAAGGGUUUGCGCUGAUGGCCGACAUGGUGUAUGUCACUCAGUCAGCCAGUCGCCUGCUGCGCGCCAUAUUCGAGAUCGUGCUGUAUAGAGGCUGGGCCCAGUUGGUGGACAAGACGCUAGCGCUAUGCAAGAUGGUGGACCGCCGCAUGUGGCAGUCCAUGUCGCCGCUCCGCCAGUUUAGGAAGAUACCGGAGGAGGUCAUAAAGAAGCUCGAAAAGAAGAACUUCCCGUGGGAGAAGCUGUACGACCUCGGCCCUAACGAGAUCGGCGAGCUGGUGCGCGCGCCCAAACUAGGCAAGACGAUCCACCGCUAUGUGGCAGCCUUCCCGCGGCUCGCCUUAAGUGCGCACGCGCAGCCCGUGACGCGCGCCUCGCUGAGACUCACGCUGACGAUCACGCCCAGCUUCCAGUGGGAUGAGAAGAUCCACGGCCAAUCAGAAGCGUUCUGGGUGCUCUGCGAGGACGUCGACUCCGAGGUCAUCCUGCACCACGAGAUGUUCCUGCUGAAGAGCAAGUACUGCGAGCAAGAGCAUACUGUGACGAUCUACGUGCCGCUGUUCGAGCCGCCGCCGCCGCAGUACUUCCUGAGGAUCGUGUCUGACAGAUGGAUCGGCUCCGAGACCCAGCUCCCCGUCUCGUUCCGUCACCUGAUCCUGCCGGAGAAGAGCGCGCCGCCCACCGAGCUGCUGGACCUGCAGCCGCUGCCGCUGUCCGCCCUGAGGAACCCUAAAUACGAGGCUCUGUAUGCCGACUCGGUGCCCAUGUUCAACCCCAUGCAGACUCAGGUGUUCAACGCGGUGUACAAUUCCGACGACAACGUGUUCGUGGGCGCGGCCGCCGGCUCCGGCAAGUCCGUCGUGGCCGAGCUCGCGCUGCUCAGACACGUGUCAUCAGGCAGCGCGGGGCGCGUGGUGUACCUGGUGCCGCGGGACGAGCUCGCCGACAUCGUGUUCGUGGACUGGUACCACAAGUUCGGCAACUACCUCAACUUGAAGAUAGUGCAGUUGACCGGCGAGACGGCGACGGACCACAAGCUGCUGAACAAGGGGCAGGUCAUCAUCACCACCGCCGAGAAGUGGGACGUGCUGUCGCGCAGAUGGAAGGUCCGCAAGUCCGUCCAAUCCGUGUCCCUGCUCAUCGUGGACAACCUACAACUACUCGGGGGCGAGGAGGGGCCCGUGCUGGAGGUGGUGUGCUCCCGCAUGAGAUACAUCUCCUCGCAGACAGAAAAGCCAAUCCGCAUAGUGGCCCUAUCCUGGCCCCUAGCCUGCGCCCGCGACGUGGCGGCCUGGCUGGGCUGCAACCCGCACGCCACGUUCAACCUCCACGCGCGCGCCACGCCGCUCGAGCUGCACAUACAGGGCUUCAACAUCUCGCACCCGCCGAGCCGGCAAGCCGCCAUGACCAAGCCCAUCUUCAACGCGAUCACCCGCUCGGCCGGGACUUCCCCUUGCGUGGUCUUUGUACCGACGAGGAGACGCGCGAGGUUGCUAGCUGCAGAUCUACUGGCUGCGGCCGCGGCUGCUGGGAAGCCUAAAAUGUUCCUACAUGCCCCGCCAGAUGCCCUGCAGCCUUAUCUGGCUCAGAUACAGGAUAAGAUGCUCCGCGAGACGGUCUCCCUGGGCGUGGGCUACCUGCACGGCGGCGUGGCGCCCCCCGCGCGCCGCGCGCUGCAGCAGCUGCUGCAGGCCGGCGCGAUGCAGCUGUGUGUGUGCGCCGCCGACUGCGCCUGGAGCUUCGCUGCGCACGCGCACACGGCGAUUGUGGCGGAUACGCACACAUACAACGGCAAGACCCACUCGUACGAGCAGUACCCGAUCACCACCAUCCUGCACAUGCUGGGACGGGCGUGUCGCCCCGGCGAGCCCGGGUGUACCGCUGUCUUGAUGUGCGCCUCUCAGCAUAAGCCCUUCUUUACGAAGUUGCUGAAUGAGUGUCUGCCGAUAGAGAGCCAUCUCGACCACCGCCUUCACGACCACCUAAACGCGGAAAUAGUCACAAAAACCAUAGAGAACAAACAGGACGCAGUGGACUACCUGACGUGGAGCUUCCUGUACCGCCGCCUCGCCGCCAACCCCAACUACUACAACCUACAGGGGGUUACACACAGACACUUAUCCGACCACCUGUCGGAACUCGUCGAGAGCACUUUGGCGGAGCUGGAGCAGGCGCGGUGUGUCUGUGUGGAAGACGAGCUGGACCUGCAGCCGCUGAACCUGGGCAUGAUCGCGUCCUACUACUACAUACACUACACCACCAUCGAGCUCUUCAGCCUGUCCCUGACCAGCAAGACGAAGAUCCGCGGGCUGCUGGAGAUCAUCUCCGCGGCCGCCGAGUUCAACGACCUGCCCGUUAGACACAAGGAGGAGAACAUCAUCAAGGCAUUGGCUGCCAAAGUGCCGCACAAACCAGCAGCCACGGGCGGCGCGGUGCGCUACAACAGCGGCGCGGCGAAGGCGCACGUGCUGCUGCAGACGCACCUCUCCCGCGGCCAGCUGCCGCCCGAGCUGCUGGCCGACACGCAGCUCAUACUGGCCAAGGCUAUCCGCCUCAUCCAAGCCUGUGUGGACGUGGUCUCCUCGUCCGGCUGGCUGGCGCCGGCGGUGGCGGCCAUGGAGCUGGCGCAGAUGGCCACGCAGGCCGUGUGGGCCAAGGACUCGUACCUGAGGCAGCUGCCGCACUUCACGCCCGCGCUCAUACAGAGGUGCAAUGAGAAGGGUGUAGAGACAGUGUUCGACGUGAUGGAGCUCGAAGACUCAGCCAGAGCCAAGCUGCUGCAGCUGUCGCCCACCGAGAUGGCCGACGUGGCCCGGUUCUGCAACCGAUACCCGAAUGUGGAGCUUACGCUGGAGGUGAAGGACGAGAAGCGUCUGCGCGUGGGCCGCCCCAUCGUGGUGGAGGUGUCUCUGGAGCGCGAGGACGACGUGGCCGGGCCCGUCAUAGCGCCCUUCUUCCCACAGAAACGCGAAGAAGGCUGGUGGGUGGUCAUCGGCGACCCCAAAACCAACACUCUCCUCUCCAUCAAGCGAGUGUCUCUGGGCCGCGCGGCUAAAGUACGACUGGACUUCGUGUGCGGCGUCGAGGGACGUCACACGUACACGUUAUACUUCAUGUCGGAUGCCUACUUGGGGGCUGAUCAAGAGUAUAAGUUUACUAUAGAAGUGGCGGAGGCGAUGAGUGAGUCUAGCGACAGUGAGUGAGUGUGAAAUGUGUAGGAAUGAUUCUUGAAUUUAAUAUACGGUUAAGUUGAAUUGGU